AUGAGUUGUGACAUCAAAACAAUAAAACAACCAUCAAAACCAAAAAGAAGGAACUACAAAACAUUAUUCAGUGGUCCAGGCUUAAUCAACUUCAAUAAUAACGAAACUAUUACAAAGCCAAAAAGGAAAAGAUCAAAGAAUGGUUGUACAAAUUGCAAAAGGUUGAAAAUCAAAUGUAAUGAAGAUUAUCCUGAAUGUGAAUAUUGCAUACAUACGGGGAAACAAUGUGUUUAUCCAUUGUUGAAAAACACAAAACCAAAGAUAAAGGGUCAGUCAAGUGAAGUAAUUGAUAUUCAAUCUAAUCUCAUAAAAGAUGUUGUACCCAUGCCAAGUAUUUUAAAUAAACCUUUACAAAAAUUGAAUUCAGUUUCAUUUCAAUUGAACAUUUCUAAAUUCGAAUUACAACUUUUGAAAUGUUAUAUUGAUUUCGGUGGGAAUUUCUUCCUCAAAGAUGUUAGUAAAGAAUCUCAUACAUUCUGGUCGGAAGAUGUUCCAAAACUAUGGUGCUGUUCAGAUUUAGUGAAAUAUGGGUUGUAUUCAGCAAGUAGUGCAAGAUUAUUGGCAAAUUAUGAUUAUGAUACAAGUAAGGAAAUCUAUAUUGAAAAUGAAGAUCAAAACUCAUAUCCAAUUAUUCCUUUUACAAUAAACCUAAGAGAGCAAGCUUCAAGAUAUGCUGAGAAGACAUUUGAAUUAAUCAAUAUGUAUCAAAUGAUGUUUGAUGAUCAGUAUGGUGGUGCUUUAAAUGAAUCCGAAGAUAUCCUGGGUCAGUUAAUUGUUGCAAACAAACUUGCUGUAGGAUCAAAAGUUAUUUUACCAAGACCUAAGCACAAUCAAACAUUCAAUAAAGUUGAGGAAAGUUUAUUGUUUCAACUUAUGUCUGUGACGAAUAAAACUUUUCAAGAAUUUAGCAAGUAUUCAACAUUAUUAAAGGACACAAAAUAUGCAUGUAUCUUUGAUCCUGAAGCAAUACCAAUCAACCAGCAUAAACUAUUAGUUGAAAAUGUCAACUUGGGCUUUAUAAGAUAUUUGAAGAAUUAUGUCAAUGAUAAAUUUGAUCCCUCUGAUGAUUUUAAAAUUACUUAUCAAUCCGCUAUAUCCAGAUUUGAAUACUCAUGUCAUCAAACAAUUUACUUUCAAAAUACAAUUUCAUUAUUUAGGGCACUAGUUUAUAUUACAAGGGAUUCUGAUUUUCUAGAUUUGCUUAAAAAUGAAGAUCACAUCGCAAUGAAAAUUAUGUUUUAUUCAUGUUGUUUAAAUUCAAUAUUCCAUGAUAAGAUUUAUCAAAGAAAUGGUGUUCAUAAUGAGUUUUUAGAAUUUUAUGUGAAUUAUUCCAAAGAUAAAUUUAAUGGAAGUUGGGAAGAUGAAGUUGACAGGAAUAUUUAUGGUUGGGUUCAAAAAAGAGCUGGAUGUAAUUAUGGGUUUGAUUUGAAUGCUCUUAAAUAUGUUGGAAAGCCAGUUGAUAAGGUCCCUCCUGGUGUGCUAAGGAUUUCGGAGAUAGACACUGGUAUAAAAUCAACACAAUAUUAA